CAUUCGUCAUGCACCAAAACAGAAUGAUGAAUAGUGGUCCGGCGUCGUGUAUCCCCCUUCCAAAUCCUCACCAACCUCUCAGUAUUCCAACUAUCAUAGAUGCUAUUAACCAUACAAUUUGACUCAACAAGCUUACAAUACUGUGAUUAAGUUCCAGGAAAAUUUCUCAGUGAAUAACCUAAUCAUGGCUUUCUCCAGUAAACCAAGUCAUUGGAGGGAUCCGUUCUUUUCUCAAAAACAAAAUUGAGGUUACCAAUUCAAAGGCAACCACAUGAUGUUGAAAUCUCCUGCCACUGAUGAGCGAAGCAUGCGUUGACCAAAUGGAGGAACAACAAUCCACUGUCCAAAACGAAGGCAAGACGUUGAUCAGAUGGCUCAGUCUAGAUUCAACUCUGGCAGGCGCGCCAUCUUCCCACCAACCACUCCUAUGUUACCUAAUUCUCACACCAAACCCUUAAAAAACUGAAUGAAAGAAAAGUAAUCCUGGAAUUUUGUUUAUAUUUAGCUCAUUCAUAAUCCUCCUGUCCAAGAGUCCUAAGCUUGUCUGCCAUCCAUGGACUCAUCUCUGUGCUUGACUCCCUCUUCUCAUUCCUCCAUCUCCCUAACAUCUCUCAGCUCUCUUCAGGCUACGUCAGAUGCCAAGAACCUAAGAACUAUAUCCUUCAAAACAUGGAACAACAGGAAAUACAUGCAAGCAAUCGGAAGAAGAUACACAGUAAGAUCGGACUGCAUCACUGACCCAGCCAUGGCGGUCGAUACCUUGGUGAGCCCACGAGCAAACUCCUUGAAGCCAUCUAAGACCAUGGUCAUAGCUGACCAAGCCACUGCUCUCAAAGAAUCAGGUGUGCCCAUCAUAAAGUUGGCUGCAGGAGAGCCUGAUUUUGACACCCCGAAAGUGGUGUCUGAGGCUGGAAUUAAUGCUAUUCGCGAGGGCUACACAAGAUACACGCCCAAUGCUGGGACUUUGGAGCUCCGAAAGGCAAUCUGUCAUAAGCUCGAGGCGGAGAAUGGGCUAUCUUAUACCCCUGAUCAAAUUCUGGUAAGCAAUGGUUCCAAGCAAUCUGCCCUACAGGCUGUGCUCGCAGUUUGUUCCCCAGGAGAUGAGGUUAUAGUUCCAGCACCAUACUAUGUCAGCUAUCCUGAAAUGGCUAGGCUAGCUGAUGCAAAACCAGUAAUCCUGCGCACGAGUAUUGCAGACAAUUUUCUUCCCAAGCCAGAGUCACUCGCUUCCAUACUCAAUGAGAAGUCAAGGUUGCUAAUAAUCUGCUCCCCUUCCAAUCCCACUGGAGCUGUUUAUCCCAGAGAGCUGCUCGAAGAGAUUGCUGAUAUAGUUAGAAAGCAUCCAAGGCUACUAGUGAUGACUGAUGAGAUAUAUGAGCACAUCAUCUUCCCACCAGCAAAGCACACGAGCUUUGCUUCCUUACCUGGAAUGUGGGAAAGAACCCUGACUGUGAAUGGCUUUUCAAAGACAUUUGCAAUGACUGGCUGGCGACUUGGAUACCUUGCCGGUCCGACACACUUUGUAGCAGCAUGCGGAAAGAUUCAGAGCCAGGCCACAUCAGGAGCCAGCAGCAUUUCGCAGAAGGCAGGACUCGCAGCAUUGGGGAUGGGCUUUGCAGGUGGUGAAACAGUUUCUACCAUGGUCAAGGCAUUUCAGGAGCGACGGGAUUUCUUAGUUAAAGCUUUCGGGGAACUCAAGGGUGUUAAGAUAGCUGAGCCACAAGGAGCCUUCUAUCUGUUUCUUGAUGUCAGUGCCUACUAUGGAGCUGAGAUUGAAGGGUUUGGCACUAUCACAGACUCUGAAUCUCUUUGCCGCUUUCUGCUGGAGAAGGCUCAGGUUGCACUUGUCCCAGGAGAUGCAUUCGGGGAUGACAACUGCAUCAGGAUCUCCUAUGCAGAGUCUCUGCCAACCAUAAAAGAGGCAGUGGAGAGGAUAAAGAAAGCUAUGGUGCUUAUUAGGCCAAAGAUUCCACUUUGAUCACUUAAAAUAAUGUUCUAGUAUCAAAAUCACCAUUGCAGUCACAGCAGUUAGUGUCUAAAUUGUCAUUAAGGAAUAAAUUGAGGAAAGUAAAACAAAAAAAGGAAGGACUGUAUGAUUCCACUUCUUCUUCUCCACCUCCCACGGUCGGUCGAUCGUGGUCGACCACAGCAGACGCUAAUGGGCCUUUGUUUUCUUUUUCUUUUUCUUUUUCUGUCAAAUAUAAAACCUCUUCCCAGACAGACACAGAGUGGAACAUUCUGAGCUAUAUCUAUAAUUGCCUAGCCUUCUUACUUAAUGAUCUCCCUCAAAUAAGAGUUUGUGAAAUUGUGACUUUUUCUUCCAAGAAAAGCGUUGUAGUAUA